ACUAUCUCAAUUUCAAAUAACUCAAGAGAGGAUAAAUUGGAAUUUUGAGGUGCCCCAUAUAUAAAUUUUUCAAUGCUGUUCAAUAUUAUCUGAUGAAAUUCACUUUGUUUUUUCAAGAAUGAACAACCUUAGCCUUGACAAAACCUCAACACCCAACCCCUUGUUGUCAAUUUCAUCUUUACACCAUUCAAGAAUCUCAAAAUCCCUUUGUUUGCCCAGAAAAGUUCUUGUUUUUGCUGAUAAAAAUGAUAAUUCAGCCUCAAUAACUAGUGGGUUUCUGUCAAAAACUCAUUUUUCCUCCAAAAAAGUUACUGUUUUUGCUGAUAAAGAUGACAAUUCAAGUCCAGUAGCAAGUGGGGUUUUGUCAAGAACACAUUUUUCCUCCAAAAAAGUUGCUGUUUUUGCCUCUAAAGAUGAUAAUUUAAGCUCAAUAACAAGUGGGGUUUUGUCAAGAACUGUUUUUUCCUCCAGAAAGACAAAGAAAUUUGUUGUUUUUGCUUCUAAAGAUGAUAGGAAUAGUAAUAAGCUUGACCAGUGGGACCAAAUGGAACUCAAGUUUGGCAGAUUAAUUGGUGAAGACCCAAAACUUACCUUAGCUAAGAUAAUUAGUAGGAAAACAAACCCGGAGACAUCUUAUCUUGAAAUUGAAGAGUCAUUUGAGCAGAAGAAGGGAAAAACGUCUGGUGAAAUUGUGGAGGUUCCGUUUGAUGCAUCCAAGCAAAAGAAAUCUCUCAAUUCAUCAAAUGGAUUAAAUUUGGUUCGCCCUGUGCCCAAGAAGGGUGUUAAGUUCGAGGUUGAUGAGAAACAGCCAAAGACUGAGGGCUAUAAACAGAGUCAACCAAUUUCAAGACCUGAAGUAAGUAGAAAAAGUAGUGUUCCAAAUGUCAUACUGCGAAAGCCAAGUUUGUAUUCUGAGGAGGAUGAAUCAUCAAAAUUCAAAAUUAAGCCAAACUUGACACUGAAAAUGGGCAGAGAACUGAAACCUGAGAAGUUUAGUGAUGUUACAUUGUUGAAGAAGCCGGAACCAAUGAGGAUCAGCUCCGACGAUAGUGAAAAGAAUGGACAAUCAAGUGAUAAUUCUAGUGAUGCUACAUUGUUGAAGAAGCCGGAACCAAUGAGGAUCAGCUCCGACGAUAGUGAAAAGAAUGGACAAUCAAGUGAUAAGUCUAGUGAUGCUACAUUGUUGAAGAAGCCGGAACCAAUGAGGAUCAGCUCCGACGAUAGUGAAAAGAAUGGACAAUCAAGUGAUAAGUCUAGUGAUGCUACAUUGUUGAAGAAGCCGGAGCCAAUGAGAACCAACUCUGGCAAUAGUGAAAAGAAUGGACAAUCAAGCGAUGUCUUGCCUGUAUCUAGUGAUGACUCCGAAGAUGCUAGUCUUACAGAGGUGUAUGCAUCAAGUAGUGAACCCAAAAACAGCUUGCUUCUAAAUAAGCCAGAGCCUAGUAAUUUAAAUAUAAAGAUAGAUCCAAAUAAAGAAUCUUCCGAGGUUCAGCAUCCGAGUAUUUCGGAUGAAAGUACUUUGAAUGCUGCUAACUCUUCUUCUGAGCUUAUAAGUAUGGCAGAGAAUAAACUACGCCAACCGUUACAAUCUAGCAGAAGCAAUCCUCUUGAGAAGCAAGGCUUUGGUACAGGAUUCCAGCAGAUUGAUACACAGCCUGCUGAGAGAAGUUCUGAUUCCAAUACACCUGCUGAGACUGGACCCAUGGAAUCUUUGGAUGCUGCUCUUCUUGGAAAACCAAAAAGAUUAGACAUACCUAAAAAGGAAGCAUCAAGUGUUAGUCAGGAGGAUAUGCGUCCUGUCAAAUCUGAGGGCUAUGGAAAUGCUUCAGAGAUUGAAAACUUCCUGGCAAAGUCAUCCAUUAAGGAACAUGAAGACAAUGACUGGGUAAGAGCUGAAGAGCUUGUUAAGAGCGGAGGAAGAGAGGACGUGGAACUAGUCAGCUGUAGCACCAGAGGCUUUGUUGUAUCUUUUGGUUCCUUGAUAGGAUUUUUACCAUAUCGCAAUCUUGCAGCCAGGUGGAAAUUCUUAGCUUUUGAAUCUUGGUUGAGGCAAAAAGGUUUGGAUCCAUCCCAAUACAAGCAAGGUCUGGGGAUCAUUGGAGGCUAUGAUGGUUUUGGCAAGGCAGCUUCUCCUGAGGCAGGAGUAGAUCCGCAAAUUGCUAAAAAUGCCGAUGAGGAGAUCUCGCCAGAUAUGAAACUUGAAGAUCUUCUCAGGAUUUAUGACCAAGAGAAACUCAAGUUCUUAUCAUCAUUUGUUGGUCUGAGGAUCAGAGUAAGUGUGGUGUUAGCUGACAGAUAUUCCAGAAGGCUAAUAUUCUCGAUAAAGGCAAAAGAAAAGGAAGAAUUGGUCGAGAAGAAGAAGAGCCUUAUGGCAAAACUUCAGGUUGGGGACGUGGUAAAAUGCUGUAUACAAAAAAUUACCUAUUUCGGUAUAUUUGUCGAGGUUGAAGGAGUACUUGCGCUAAUUCACCAGACAGAAGUCUCAUGGGAUGCCACUUUAGACCCUGCGUCGUAUUUUAAAAUUGGCCAGAUUGUGGAGGCAAAAGUUCACCAGUUAGACUUUUCACUUGAGCGCAUCUUCUUGUCGUUGAAGGAAAUAACGCCAGAUCCCAUGAUGGAGGCCUUAGAGGCUGUAGUUGGUGAUCCUGAUAAUUUGAAUGGAGAACUCCAAGCAUCAGAGCUGGAUACUGAGUGGCCUGACGUGGAAUCUCUUAUCAAAGAAUUAAAGCAGUUUGAGGGUAUCUCCUCUGUAUCAAAAGGGCGGUACUUCUUGAGCCCUGGUUUGGCUCCAACAUUUCAGGUUUAUAUGGCAUCCAUGUUUGAGAAUCAAUACAAGUUACUUGCGCGGUCGGGAAAUAGAGUACAAGAGGUGAUAGUGGAGACAUCAUUGAGUAAAGAGGAAAUGAAAUCUGCAAUUCAAUCUUGUACAAACAAAGUUGAAUAACCAAUCAAAGCGUAAUAAUAAAUAAUACGAAGAGAGUGAUAGAUCUUCCCGUGGAGACAACGAACGGAUGGUAAGGGUCUGAUACCGAAUUAGCAGAGUCGGACGUUAGAACAGCAGAAACGGAGAAAAGAAAUGACCUAAACCGCGUUCUAUUUUGAACGAAAAUGGUAUUAAUUUUAUUGUUUUGCCUUUGAUAUCAAUAAGUUAGGAGCUUAUUUACAGGCUAGUAAGUGUUUUAUGUUUAGGCAUCGAUGUAAUACGCUUAUAAAUCAAUCGAUUACGCUUCAAUAUCAAACAAGUUCGCGGUCGACUAUAUGAA